AUCGUCCAUGACGGCCGAGUUACAUUUUCAACCCAGUCCUCUGAUCUUUGAACCCACACACUGACGGCACAACGGCCUCUCUUUCCGGCUUCUAGAUCAGACCUAUAGACGUCAGUCGACCAACAAGCUAGCCCAUUACCGAUCCUUUGCCGUUCGGUCUUUUUUUUGUUUUACUGCCGUACUCCGAAGUAAUUGUCAUAUCUCUUUGGGAGCAGGGAACCAACCUAGCCUGACAGGCUGUUCUGUCACUUUGAUUUGCCGCGAAUCCGACACCACUGACGGCUAGCUUCGCGAACAACCCCGCCCCGUCUGUGUCCUUGGGCUUUUAGCCUCGCCAAUAAAUAAACUUGUUCUUGCGCGCGUGCCUGCCCAACGGCGCGGCCUUUGACCCUAAAGCUGCACGGACAGGCACCAAAAACCGACAACGAGGGGAAGGGGUAAGGAAUAGAGAACAAAAAAAAUUUCAAAAUUUCGACAGCUGCUUUGUUUGAUACAGCUCGCUGGCGCGUUCUCCAAAUCCCGAAGCCAAGAAAAAAGCAAUUCAGAAUCUACAACGUAGACACACGCUAUCCCCCAGCGCAACUUCUCCUAAUUGCCACCAAAUAUAGCAACCACCCCGAGAAGACAUCCAGACUGCGCGAACACGAUAACCCUCCACACUACUAACCAUCCCAUCAUCGGACGACGCGUUUUUUUGCCCCAAAAUCGAGACGCAUACGCACGCUGGGGGCGAUCGACACUGAACCAGAGCAACACCUUGCGGCCUAGGAGAAGGGAGAUACUUACCGACGCGCAAUUCUUUUGCCAUAGCGAUCCGGCAAACCCCCAUUUACGACUUUUUUUCAUCUCUCCUUGACGCCUCCUUUUGCAACUCGGAGUGCCAAUCGAUCAGCGAGCAGCACGAACAGGAGGCGUAGGACGAGCACGGAGACGUAGGGUCGGGCCAUUUAACGGCUCAUUCGCAGGAGGAAGAAGAAGAAAAACACCCACACGCACACACCAGCGCCCCGUCGCAAAGAUGCCCCGACAACGAAAUCCACGCUCCAUGUCAUCCUCCGACCAGCCCCCGAUCCCGAUAUCAAUAACCAUAUGCGGCGACGGCGGCUGCGGUAAAUCUUCGAUAACGCUGCGGCUCGUCCGCUCCCAAUGGACCUCGGAGUACGACCCCACGAUAGAGGACAGCUACAGCGUGACGCGUCGCAUAGACGGCGUCACGUACCACCUGUCACUUACGGACACGGCGGGACAGGAGGAGUACCGCGGCAUGUGGGCGAGCAGCAACCUGGGCGCCGACGCCUUCCUCAUGGUCUACGACAUCACCUCGGUCGACUCGCUUGAAGCGCUCGGCUACUUCAACGACCUGAUCGACAUGGAGGCCGAGACGAGGAUAGACAACGCCGCGCGUGCCGCCCGCGCCGGCGUCAGCCCCAGCAGCCUGGCCUACGACGGCAUCAGCCUACCAGGCUCGCCCGGAGGCAUGGGCAUGAGCGGCGCCAAGACGGUGCCGCCGGUCAAGAUCGUGGCGGGGAACAAGUGUGACUUGCAGGAGAGCAGGCAGGUGCCGGCGGCGCAGGGCCUCGAGUGGGCGCGCCGUCGCGGCUGUGGCUUCAUGGAGACGUCGGCACGGCUCGAAGUCAACAUCGAGGAGACGUUUGCGCUCAUCGUCCGCCGCGUCGUUGAGAGCCGCCGCCUGGCCGAGAUGGGUGUUAUGGACCACGACGGCGGCAGGAUGGACAAGCGAGGGAUGACGAAGCCCUUGAGCCCGCUGCCAUCACGCGAUACGGAGAAGUCGAUCGCCGAGGAGCGGCACGGACAUCGGGGCCCCGGGGUUAGAGGCCCUAACAUCAACGGCGCCAGGAUUGGGGCCCGAAGCAAGGGGUUUUGGAGGAUGUUGAGAUGUUGGUGACCGGGUGGUACAACAUUGUGGGCUCCGAGAGCGCCCUUGAGAUGAGAAUCACGACAAACGGCUUUUCUUUUUUUUCUCCUUCCUGCGAAUUCGACUAUUGGGCCACUUGUCGUGUUUUUUUUUUUUUUUUUUUUUUUUUGGCGAAAGGGAUAUCCAGACUUCACAGUGCAUAUUUCGCACUUUGUGGUCUCUACAUGUGCAGCGUUCUUUGCUUGACGAAUUUUCUUUCCCCUGUUAUAUUUUCAGCAUGAUUCAUUUGCUGGGGUCUGUUGUCUUUGUUUUCCUUUGUUUCUUUCGUCUAAUAUUUCUCCCUCAUGAGAUUCUCGGGAGUACACCAAAGUAGGGCGUUUUGGAGUUUGGGCUGCUUUUACUCGUCUCCCAGGCGGCAUGGUCGGUAUACACAAAUGUACAUGGAGCAGAAGAGCAAUACUUCACGUGUUUGUACGGCCAGGCGUUUUCGACAUGGCAUCAAUCAAAGUCUUUGGACAUAUCAAUGCUAUAGAAUUGUUGGCAAGCUGCGAUUAUGUGCGGAUAAAAUCUUGAUGCUCGAUUUAGGAUUUAGAUGGCCGGGUAUUAAAUCCGAGCUUGCUCUAUCUCCAUUGCAG